AUGACGACGCCACAGAAAAGAUUCACUUUGAACACAGGUGCAGAAAUACCUGCUGUGGGUUUUGGUACAUGGCAAGCCCCAGCAGGCGAAGCUGGAAGAGCAGUAAAGACUGCCCUGAAGUGUGGCUACAAACACCUCGACUGUGCGCCAUUAUACUGGAACGAGAAGGAAAUCGGGGAGGCACUCCAAGCUAGCUUCAAUGAUACAACGGUGUCACGAUCAGACUUGUUCAUCACGACUAAGUUGUGGUCUUCCCAACAUUCUCAAGUUGAAUCUGCGCUUCGAAAAUCCCUAGCAGAUCUACAACUCGACUACGUCGACUUAUAUCUUAUGCACUGGCCGGUAUCAUUGCCCCCAAACGAUCCCUCUGCCCCGAACUUUGGAAAGGAGGAUCGAACGAAGCAUGCGCAGGGUUGGGACUUCACCAAAACUUGGGCAGAAAUGGAGAAGCUGCUGGGCACUGGCCUCGCACACGCCAUUGGCGUUGCCAACUUCUCGACCGUCAAUCUUGAUAAGCUUCUCAGAACCGCUAAGAUUGUACCAGCUGUGAACCAGACCGAAUUGCAUCCUUUGUUGCCCCAAAACAAGCUCAACGAGUAUUGUCGGAAACACGGUAUUCACCAGACGGCAUUUGGGCCACUCGGAGGCAAGGGAAGCACGCUGCACACGCAUUCAGUGGUCAAUCGGAUCGCGAAGAAAUGGAAAGGAUCGUCCGCGCAGGUUCUAUUGUCGUGGGGCGUGAGUCGAGGUUGGAGUGUGAUUCCGAAGAGUGUCACAGAGGAACGUAUCAAGGCGAAUCUGCAAAUAUUUGAAUUGGACAAAGAGGAUGUCGAGCAGCUCAACCAGCUGGCUAAGACUGAGGGAAGGAGAUUCAACCGGCCGAAUUGGGGAACUGUGAUAUUCCAUGAUGAUGAUGAAGGUCUUCCUUGA